AUGGCCGACUAUCAGCCCUUCAACUUUGGGUUUGAACUUGAGCUGUCUCUCAACAGCAAAAAGAAGCACAAGUCAUGGCUCUUAAUGGCCCAUGAUACCGGCGGUCGUCUGGCUAAGAAGGGAGUCAGUAACCAUGUCAAGGAGAAGGUGGACGGGAACUACCGGAAUUGGUCUGUUGUUCAGGAGAUCACAAUUCCUCAGGACCCGGCCAAGAACAACUGCGACGACACCGAUCACAUCUUCUCCGCCAUCCAGAAGUCCUCUUCCAUCCAGAAGCUCCCCCAGUGCAGCACGCAUGUUCACAUCAGCCUGGCUGAUCGAGACUUCACCCCGUUCCAGCUGGCGUGUCUUGGAAAGGCAAUCCUUACCUACGAAUCUUGCUUCGACGCCUUGGUUCCCAAAGACAGAACAUCCGCGUACUGGUGCCAGAGCAACCGCCGGAACCCUGUGCUGUCCCACUGCCAGUCCCUCCAAGAAUGCCUCGACCUUCUCGACGUGGCUUCGCAGCGAGGCACAGUCGCCGUCGUCGAGACCAUGUGUCUGUUCCCGGCCUCCAGCGCCUACGGACGCGCCCACGGACGGAAGAAGGACUUUGUCCACGGCAAAGUCUACAAGUGGAACUUUGCUCGCUUGCUGGAACAUGACAACAGCCGGACCAUCGAGUUUCGACAGCCUCCCGGCAGCACCUGCAUGGAAGAUGCUGUGGGAUGGGUCUUGUUGACUUUGACGUUCGUUGCGGGGGCGACUGGAGGUGGGAAUUGCAUCGGCUCGUUGGAGUCUGGCGGUGACGACCGGCUAGAAUUUUGGCAUCUUCUUUGUCACGGUGCAGGGGUCUUUGGGCUUGAUCCGUUCUUGCUUGACGUUUUGAGGAACUUCUUGAGCCGCGUAUGA